UUUAAAAAAACAAUAACAGGAGUAACAAUCAAUCAUUCUACGCAUGUUUUUGUCUAUUUCCAUUGUCCCAUAAAUCUAUCAUUUACUAUAUUCCUCCCCAGAUAAAUUGGAAAUACAAAAUAAUUUUACUUGACCAGCGAUUGUACGAAUCGAAAGAAAGGUUAGCUAGACGAGGAGAAAGGAGCUGACUUUCGGCUGCUGGAGGGAAAGAGAAGAAGCGCGGAGAUAAAUAGUCCUCACUGCUAGUUAACAUAAAUGGAUCCUACAACUGAUGAUCAAUUAGAUUUUGAUGACGAGGACUAUGGAGAAAGCCAAAAGAUGCAGUAUCAUGUAGGUGGAACUAUACCUGCACUUGCAGAAGAGGAAAUGAUGGGUGAAGACGACGAGUAUGAUGAUCUUUAUAAUGAUGUUAAUGUGGGAGAGGGUUUUCUUCAGAUGCAGCAGUUUGAGGCCCCAAAACCUCCAGAUUCCGUGGGAAAUGGAGUAUCCCCAGCUCCGGAAAACGAUACUAAUGAACCAAGAGUUGAUGCUAUAACUUCUCCAGAGAUGAAUCCUGGUGUACCCAGUUCCGGGCUGCGAUUUCCUGAGCAAAAGAGCCGGUCUACGGCUGAAAGGGGUCCUGAUCAAACUGCUGCUUCUGAAAAGGCAAGGCCUCCAUCAAUGACCAGUGAUGCUCAAGUUGGUGGUAACAUGGCAUUUCACUCAUCAUCAGUUCGAAUACCUCAUGGAGCCAGUUCUGACCCUGUUCAUGAUUUGUCGGGCAAAGGUACUAAUGAGUCAUUGCCGUUGCUGAGUUCUGGUGCAGGUGGUGGUGGUAGUUCAAGAGCUGCUCCUUUGAUGCCAGCACAUCAAAUGAGUUCUAUUGCUGACACGAACAGCCCUAUGAUCAAUGAAAACCAUAUAAGGCCAGCCAUGGAGAAUGGAAAUACAGUGCUUUUUGUGGGGGAGUUGCACUGGUGGACAACUGAUGCUGAUAUUGAGAGUGUGCUGAUUCAAUAUGGGAAAGUGAAAGAGAUUAAAUUCUUUGAUGAAAGAGCAAGUGGUAAAUCCAAAGGUUACUGUCAAGUAGAAUUUUAUGAUCCUGCUUCUGCUUCUGCCUGUAAAGAUGGAAUGAAUGGACACAUUUUCAAUGGACGAGCUUGUGUGGUGGCAUUCGCUACUCCUCAUACAAUAAAGCAGAUGGGUGCUUCUAUUGUAAACAACAAAACCCCAACUCAAGUUCAGACUCAGCCACACCAGGGAAGGAGGCCCAUGAAUGAAGGACUAAACAGAGGCAGCGGGGCAAGUUUCCCCAGUGGAGAUACAGGGAGGAAUUUUGGUAGAGGUGGGUGGGGACGUGGGGGACAGGGAAUGCCAAACAGAGGUCCUGGUGGUGGGCCUGGAAGGGGAAGAGGUGGCAUGGGUGCAAAGAAUAUGAUGGGUGGUAAUGUACCUGGAGUCAAUGCUGGCAUGGGCAUUGGAGCUUAUGGACAGGGCCUUGCGGGUCCUGGUUUUGGUGGUCCUCCUGGAAUCAUGCAUCCACAGGGAAUGAUGGGUCCUGGGUUUGAUCCUGGUUACAUGGGCCGGGGAGCUGGUUAUGGAGGCUUUUCAGGCCCUGGUUUUCCGGGGAUGCUUCCUCCGUUUCCUACUAUGAACCCUAUGGGGCUCACCGGGGUGGCUCCUCAUGUAAACCCUGCUUUCUUUGGCCGUGGGAUGGGAAUGAUGGGUGGUACAACAGGGAUGGAUGGUCCUCAUCAAGGAAUGUGGACCGAUACAAGCACAGGUGGUGGGUGGGGAGGAGGGGAAGAGCAUGAAAGAAGGACAAGGGAGUCAAGUUAUGGUGGUGAAGACAAUGCGUCUGAAUAUGGGUAUGGAGAUGCGAGCCAUGACAAAGGGGGGGCAAGGUCAAGUGCUGCUUCUAGGGAGAAAGAGCGAGCUUCAGAACGUGACUGGUCGGGCAACUCUGAGAAGAGGAAUCGUGAUGAAAGAGUAGAUAAUGACAGGGACAGGUAUGAUCGGGAGCAUAGAUACAGGGAAGAAAGAGAUGGUUACAGGGAUUACCGCCAUAAAGAACGUGAAGUGGAUUAUGACAAUGACAGAGGUCACUCUUCAAAAUCUCGAAGCAGAUCCCGAGCAGUGCAGGAGGAGGAUCAUAGAUCUUCUCGUUCGAGGGAUGCUGAUUAUGGGAAGCGGAAAAGGCUUCCAUCCGAGUGACAUAGUAUUUGUCAAAUAAAUACUCUGUUACGGAAAGUGUUUUUCAGGAUGUCUUAGUUGGAGUGCUGGACUCCUAUAACCAGGGUCCACAAUAUUAUCCUCACAACAUUCCUCUGCAGACUGCUUGAAAGGGUUGCUGUUCUUCUCCCUAAAUUUUAUGAAGGAUCAGAGAGGCAACUCUUUGUUUUCAUGUCUAAACCCGCAUAAGUUGGUUACAUGGAGGAAGAUGAGUUAACUUGGCUGAAUUCCCUUACAAGUCCUUGUGUUAUGGCCAUAUUUUGUUUUACUUGUAAAUCUAUAUAUACGGUUUCCUCCUCUCCAUGAAAACUUGUAGAUAACAAACCGUGAUAUGGCCUGUUAUUGGAGAAGUUUUGCCUCAAAAUAGGGAUGUGUCUACCCAUCUACUUCCAUACAUUCCAUUUUUAAGCUGUUCUGGAAGACUCUUUGUACUGUUUCCUGUACAUGUAACUGUUCCAAACUUGUGCCUUUGUACUACCAGCCUGUAAGAUUUUUGUGUAUCAUCUGAAGUUAUUUUUUCAGCUUUAGGGUAGUCAGAUUGAACUGUUGUAUGCUCAAUAUUGUGUUGUAAAUUUAAGCAAGUAGCAUUAUAGUGGAACAAUAAACACCCUUCUUGCCAUGGAACUUAUGAGUCUAUGACCAGAGGUUAGAUACAACCAACAGAAAGUACAUUCUCAAUGAGCUAUCUGAUGAGCGGCUUUAUUGGGCAUGGUUGCAUAUUGCAUCUGUAUUUGUCAAUUUGUUCCGACGACCAAGAGUGAUGUGUAAAUGAAAUGUAAUAAGAUUCUGAUAUUAGGACUUGUAUCUCUUGUGUUGUAAUCAGUUCAUACCUUUUUUGUAACUUGUAAACCCGGAUUUUGUAGUUAGAUUAUAAUAUCACACUGUAAAAUUCCAAUGUAAGUAUGCAACACUGACCAGAGGGUUGAUGUCCAUAGAUAUUCUUUUUCUCUCUCGAAGUUUCAUUUUUGUAUCGUUUGAAG